GGCGGCGGCGGGCGGGCAGCGAACUACCGGCGGCCGGAGGAGGAAGCGGGGGCGGCGGGGCAGGAUCCCGGGAUCGAGGUGGGAUCCCGGGAUCGGGAUGCGGCCGCGGCCCGGCACGCCGCCUGGUUGUCCGGAGCGACGCCAUGCACCCGGCCGUGGCUGUGGGGCUGGUGUUCGGCGGCUGCUGCAGCAACGUGGUGUUCCUGGAGCUGCUGGCCAGGCAGUUCCCAGGAUGUGGGAACAUCGUGACCUUCUCCCAGUUCCUGUUCAUUGCCCUGGAAGGUUUCAUCUUCGAGGCCAACUUCGGGAGGAAGCGCCCGGCCAUCCCCAUCAGGAACUAUUUCAUCAUGGUGGCCAUGUUCUUCACCGUCAGCGUGGUCAAUAACUAUGCCCUGAACCUGAACAUCGCGAUGCCGCUGCACAUGAUCUUCCGCUCGGGUUCUCUCAUAGCAAGCAUGGCUCUAGGGAUCAUCAUCCUGAAGAAAAGGUACAGCGUGUCAAAAUACAGCUCCAUCGCCCUGGUGUCCCUGGGCAUCUUCACCUGCACCUUCAUGUCUGCCAAGCAAGUGGCAUCUGACUCCAGCUCAAAUGAAGAGGAUGGACCCCAGGCUUUCCUCUGGUGGCUGCUGGGUAUUGCUGCCCUCACCUUCGCCCUGCUGAUGUCUGCCAGGAUGGGGAUUUUCCAGGAGAUGCUGUACAAGAAAUUUGGGAAGCACUCCAAGGAGGCCCUGUUCUACAACCAUGCGUUGCCACUCCCUGGAUUCCUGCUCCUGGCUCCCAACAUUUACCAGCACGCCGUGCUCUUCAACCAGUCUGAGCUGUUCCAGGUGCCGGUGAUCGGCCUCACCCUGCCAAUCAUGUGGUUCUACCUCCUCAUGAACGUCAUCACCCAGUACGUCUGCAUCCGCGGCGUCUUCAUCCUGACUACGGAGUGCACGUCCCUCACGGUCACCCUGGUGGUGACACUCCGCAAAUUUGUCAGCCUCAUCUUCUCCAUCCUCUACUUCCAGAACCCCUUCACGGGCUGGCACUGGCUGGGCACCGCCUUCGUCUUCGUGGGCACCCUGAUGUACACCGAGGUGUGGAACAGCCUCGGGCCCCUCCUGGCGCGCCGCCGCCGGCCCAAGGAGGAGUGAAUCCAGGGAUUUCCCGCAGGGAUUUUGGUGUUUUUCCAGAGCAGAGCAGAGCAGCAGGGAGCUCCCCCUCCCAGGGGGAGUUUUUAUAACAGGGGAGGUGUUGGCUGUGCCAAGCUCCUGGGAAAAUGAGGAUCCUCCGCUGGGAACUUGGGGGAAGGAUUAUGGAGAAACAAUCCAGGUACUUUUUGCAAGUCGGCAUUUUUUUAUGUGACCCCUUUUGCUUCCAAUUUCUCUUCCAUUUUUUUUUUUCCAUUGGAAUAGCCCUUUUUAAGGAGCAGCUGAUCCAGGGCUUUUUUGGGAGCCCAUCUUCCAUGCUGUUGCCUUGGAUCAGCUGGACCCUGAGCCAGUUUGGUGCCAUCCUUUCAUUGUCCCGGUGUCUGCAGCUGAUGGCUGAGCCCCAUUCCAGUGGGAAUCCCUGAUCCCUGUGCUGGGAGGAUGUGGGAUACACCCCCAGCUGAAUCUCCCAGUCUGCCCAGUGGAUCCUGGGAGGGCUGGCUUUCCUCUCCCAGUUCUCCUCCCAUCCCUUGGGAUCAGCUUCCUCAUGGCUUUUGUGCCAGCCUGUCCCUCAGUGCCACCCCUGGCUGCUUUUCCUGGAGCUUCCCUGCAGUUUUCCUGGAGCAGCACCUUGGGACAGUUGAGGCAUCCAGGAGGGAUGGAGGGGGUUUAAUAGCAAAGGAAAAACAAUGAAAAAAACCCCAAAGUGAUGAAUGACAGCACUUUCCUCCCAGGCAUUCCCUGAGCCAAGGUCACCUUUCCAAAAUUUCCUCCCUCUAUUUUUACUGCUGAUUUCUAUCAGCUCUCUGGGAUAAUCCCCUUCCCAGCUUUCCAUGGCCUCAUCCUUGCUGGGAGGCAGAGUGGGAAAAGGGAAAAGCUCCAUGACGUGCUGGGAGCACUGGUUUAGCCCCAGCCCCAAAUCCCAGUGUGGGAAAAGGGAAUUCCAUCCCACGCAGAGCCAGCGAGGUGCUGCCAGGACCUGCAGCUCCAUCCUGAUAUCCUGAAGGACUUUUUUUUCUCCAGUUUCUGUUUUUCCUGAGCCUGAAACAGCUGAAUUUCAAGUGCCAUGGGAUUUUCCCAGGGAUUUCAUAGACAGGAAGGCUGGUGUAGGUCAGGCGUUGUUCCAGCUGUUUGUGGGGGCUCCUGGAAGGACCCAGAGAGAGGCAAAACCUUUAUCCAUGAUUUUCAUCCCCAGGCUCUUCACACGGAGCUUCAGCUGGGAUGGGGGAGGUGGGGAAGCCAACAGAAAUUCGGGAUGAAGGAUUUUGGGAACUGAGAGUAAGUGGUGAGGUUCUUCAGAGAUCAGACACGGUGGGGAAACACUGGAGCUGUGACUCAAGGCCGGUGGGUGUUUUAUCCAGGGAUUGUGGGAUCCAGGGAUUGUAGGAUCCAGGGAUUGUUGGAUCCAGGGAUUGUUGGAUCCAGGGAUUGUUUGAUCCAGGGAUUGUUUGAUCCAGGGAUUGUUGGAUCCAGGGAUUGUUGGAUCUAAGGAUUGUAGGAUCCAGGGAUAGUUUUAUCCAGGGAUUGUAGGAUCCAGGACAAAGCAGAGCUGGCACGGAGCUGUUCCCAGGUGUAACAUUCUGUGCAUCCUCUGGGUCACUCUUCCUCUCCAGGACCUUGCACAUUGUCCCCAAUUCCCAUGGGAAUAUUUGGUGGAUUUGGGCACUCCUCUUUUUUGGGUUUUUUUAAACCAUGUCCUUUUCACUCCCAGCACAUCAACCCUGGGUUGUUUGUUGCUGUUUGUUGCUUUUGUAAAUUAACUUUAAAAAAAAAGUUAAAUUUUUUUAACUUCCCGGCGUGAUCGGUGCGUUUGGAAUAUUUAUGGAGUCGCAGGAGUGGCAGCAAUUCAGGAAAGGUCCAGGCAGAAGGGCCUUGUUAGCCAAAAUUAAUUAAACCCAGGCUCCCCCUCCAGGCUGAUUAGUUGGGUUUUAAUUUUUGUGUAGAGAUCAGAGCACCUAUUUUUUAGCAGAGGCUGAAAAGGAGGAGCCCGACCGCUUUUGGGGUGGCUGGUUGGGUUUAGGGUGGGGUUUUGGGUUGGUUUUUUAAAAGUGAAAUAAAUAUGUUUCCUCUUCAAA